GGGAAUUUUCCACUGAGCGCACUUGAAAACUGGAUUUGGACGAAUAUUCCCGCAAGAUGUGCAGCCGCCUGAUGCCUGAUGUAAUCCGCCUGCGCCUGUGGGCUGUGCCUGUGAAAGAGUGGUUUAUAUAUCAUGUCCGCCGUUUGAACGGCUGUCGAGGAACUACAUAUAUUUCGCCGGUAUUCAACAGUUUGCCAGCGAUCAAAAUGGAUAUCAAUCAACUUGCUCAAAUUUUGGCAUGUACCCUCGAUCCAAAUUUAAGAGUAGAAGCGGAGAGACAGUUGAACGAGGUUUACAGAGCGCCAGGGUUUGUGUCGCGGUUACUUCAAGUGGUUAUGUCUACUGAAGUUCAACAACCUAUUCGCCAGGCUGGUGGUAUCUACUUGAAAAAUAUGAUUACUCAAUGUUGGCGAGAUAGAGAUCCUAAGAACUGUGUUGAUGUUGAGAUGCCAUUUGUUAUUUCCGCAGAAGAUAAAAACCUUAUUCGAAACAAUAUAAUUGAAGCAAUAAUUCAUUCACCGGAACUAAUCAGAUUACAAUUGACCGUGUGCAUUGGUAAAAUUUUAAUUCACGAUUUUCCUGAACACUGGCCGACCGCUCCGCGCACCAUUCAUAAUUACUUGUCCAGUGAUAACAAAUCGUCGUGGUUUGGCGCACUGGUCGCCCUCUAUCAAAUAGUCAAGAAGUACGAGUUUAAAAAAGCAGAGCAACGAACCGUCCUCAACGACACUAUGAAAGAAUUCCUUCCGUUAAUGUACCAACGCUGUGCUAGUUUGAUGCAAGAUCAAUCACAGCCUGCUACUGAAAUAAAGAAAAUGGUCAUAAAGACGCUGUUUGCAGUGUUUCAGUAUCAUCUACCAACUGAUGUGCUAACAGAACAGAAUCUUCCAACAUGGGUACAAUUAUAUCAAGCUAUCGUUGACCAACAAGUACCCGAGGAAUGUACACAGUUGGAUGAGGAAGAACAAGAGAAAUCUUCGUGGUGGAAACUAAAGAAAUGGGCUAUCCAUUCGAUGUGUCGAUUAUUCGAGAGGUAUGGCACUCCAGGAUCGAUUGACAAGGCGUACGAAACAUUCGCAACAUAUUUCUGCAAAACAUUCGCAGUUGGAAACACACAAACAGUACUCAAGGUUCUCGACAAUCACAGACGAAAGAUAUAUGUCGCACCAAGAGUUCUUCAAAUGGCUUUGAACUACCUUAAGAAUGGUGUUUCUAACGCACUCCACUGGAAAGUGAUGAAACCACACAUGCACACAAUCAUCGUUGAAAUUGUAUUUCCUAUAAUGUGCCACACGGAUGAAGACGAAGAGUUAUGGCAGGAUGAUCCCUAUGAGUUUAUCCGGUUCAAGUAUGACGUAUAUGAAGAUUUUGUAUCACCAGUCACUGCAGCCCAAAGUCUGUUACGAGGCGCUACACAAAAACGUAAACAAAUAUUGGAUCCUGUGAUGAACUUUUGCGUGCAAAUCUUAAACACGCCGGCGGAGACAAGAAAUCCCAGACAGAAAGAUGGUGUUCUACACAUGAUCGGUACUUUGUCUGAUAUAUUAUUAAAGAAAAAGAAAUAUAAAGACCAUAUGGAAGCUAUGCUUGUUCAUCACGUGUUUGACGAGACAAGAAGUCCAUUGGGAUUUGUACGCGCAAGGGCUUGUUGGGUGUUGAACUACUUCAGUAGAAUAGCUUUCAAAAACGAAGCCAACCUUCAACGUGCAGUGGAAGCCGUCCGAGUCUGUCUUCUUCACGAUAAAGAAUUACCUGUCAAAGUUGAGGCAGCUCUUGCUCUGCAGUUUUUCAUCAAGAGGCAAGAUAAAGCAAAAGAUUUCAUUCAACCUUAUAUGCAGGCUGUUAUUCAAGAACUACUAAACGUUAUUCGGGAAACUGAGAACGAUGAUUUAACCGACGCCUUGCAAGAUCUUAUAAAACAGUAUCAAAACGAUCCUAGACUUGGAGAAAUGGCUGUUAUAAUCGCACAGCAUUUGGCUAUGACGUUUAAAAAUCUUCUGGACUCCGAUGAAUCAGAUGAUAAAGCCGUGACAGCGAUGGGCAUUUUAACAAAUUUUGAUACAAUGAUCUCCGUAAUCGAGUCAAAGGAAGUUCGCGAUGAGUUGGAGAAAAUAGUUUAUAGCAUAAUCGAAGCAGUACUUAAACAAGGAAUAAUUGAUUUCUAUGAAGAUGUGCUUGCCAUUAUGGUCACGGCCACGUUAUAUCAAAUAUCCCCACUAAUGUGGAGCCUUUUCUAUAUAAUGUAUGAAGCGUUUGAAAGAGAUGGUUAUGACUUCUUUACAGAUAUGUCCAGUCCUCUUCAUAAUUAUUUAACUGUCGAUCCUGAAGUGUUUCUUUCUAACCCGAAAAAUAUGGAGAUACUCUACACGAUGUGUCAAAAGAUACUAGCAGAUGAUGAUACUGGAGAAGAUGCACAGUGCUAUGCUGCUAAACUUUUAGAAGUCGCAAUAUUGCAAUUUCCGGGCCGUAUCGAUCAGUGGAUCACUCCGUUUGCCCAAGUUGCCUUGGCCCGAUUAACAAGAAAUGUGGUGACGAGUGAACUUAGAGUGAUGUGUUUGCAAGUGGUUGUGGCUACGCUUUACUAUAAUCCAACGUUUCUUACGACUAUUUUGGAUAAAUUGCAUUUACCGGAAUCUAACGAACCGAUAACUGUCCAGUUCUUUGCUCAAUGGAUGGGCGACGCUAAUUGCUUUUUAGGAUUACAUGAUCGUAAAAUGUUUGUUCUUGGUCUAUGUUCUAUUCUUGGUAUAAACAGUUCUCUGAGGCCAAAGGGAUUACAUGAUUGUGCGUCGAAAAUCAUUCCUUCCUUGUUAAUGAUUUUUUCUGGACUUCAAAGAUCCUAUGAAAAACAAGCUUUGUUAGAUGGUGAAGACAGUGACGAUGACGACGAUGACAGUGUUGAAGGCGAAGAUGUCGAUGAAGGAGAGUUGGAAAGUGACGACGAUGAGUUAAAUGAAGAUGAUAUUGUUUAUGUUGAAAAUCUUGCAAAACGGACGACGAGUGCGUUGCUCGACGACGAUGGUGAUGAAGAUGAUGAAACGGAACUUGAGGCUUAUACAACGACAAUUGACAACGAAGACGCUGUUGACGAGUACUCCGUUUUUAAACAAUGUUUAUUGAGUAUUCAAGCCCAAGAUCCAGUGUGGUACAAUCAGUUAACAAAUAAUCUUAACGACGAACAGAAACAAGAGCUGCAACGUUUAUUCGUGUUGGCUGAUCAGCGGAGGGCGGCACAAGAAACAAGAAAUCUGGACAUGCAAGGUGGUUAUAGUUUUGCCAGUACCGCUGUACCAUCUAACUUCUCGUUCGGUCAGUCCUAGUGUACGAAGUGUCCAUGCAUCACGAUAUAGCGACGCUAUACAAUGCUGAUGAUGUCUAACCUAUUCACGUAACGACGGUACAUUUUUAUACCUUGCGAAGCAACCAAAUACGAAACGAAUACAGAGUAAUUGAUUUUAACCCCGGAAUCUAAUAAUGUAUUUAUUUAAGCGUGCUUUUAAAAUUAUCAAUAAUCUAGAACAGUGAAUAAUAACCAGAAACAAGAAAAAAGCUUGCUAUUAGUAAUGAAAAUGAAAUUUCAUUUGUCUCCGUCCCCGAUUAUCCUACCAUAAAAGUCGUUAAUAUAUUCAUUAUCCCUCGUGGCGAAAUUGAAAUCGAUCAAAGUGGAAACUCGAGCUCUCUGAGCAAGUAUGUUUCCUUUUCAUUACCCCAGGAGAUUAAUAAUGUGUUUGAUUUUUCAUGUUUAACAAUUCAUGCAUGCCAUCUUCAUUGCAAGAAUGUGCUGUUACAGCUGAGAGAUAUAUAUACUGAUGACUUUAAAAAAUACCAUAGAAAAAAUAAAAGUUUACAUUUAAACAUGGCUGUUAUGCUUUGCAAUAUUGAAGAAGCUAAGAUUAUAAUAUAGCUACAAAGUUUCUAUUCUUAGUUUCAAAACUCUUCUAAAGGUUGGUAAAACGACGAUGAGACUUUAUACUAAUACAAGGGCUGUUUUUCCAUUGUCGUGUUGUUUUUUUUGCAUGUACGUAUACACGCACGUAAAAGUUUAAAAUCACUUAAAUGAUACAUAUGAAAUCAACGAUUGAACAUCUAGAUACAUAGGUUUGGGUUCUGUUGAUGAUUUGGCGUAUUUUUCUGGCUGAAAUUAA